AUGACGACAUCCAGCAAAGAGUCGGCCGAGCUACAGCACGUCGACCACGCCGACGCCAGCAACGGCACGGACGCCGCAGCGUUGCCCGUCCAGGAAACACUGACGGCCACGAGCACGUCCGAGGCCGUCGUCGGUUACGAGACCGACCUGACCGACCUGCCCAAGGGUUACUUCACGAGCCGCUUCUUCCUGGGGUCGAUGCUCGCCGUCGGCCUCGGCCUGACCUGUGCCGUGUCCUGCUUCGGGUACGCCGCGCCCAUCCUGGCGCAGAUCAACGACGACCUGGGCCCCGACCCGCGCUACAUCUGGAUUUCCCUCGUCUACAACGCGGUGCUGGCCGUUGGUCUCGCCCUCGUGGGCCGGUUGUCGGACAUUUUCGGCCGCCGCUACUGGUUCAUCGGCGGUGGUGCCGUGGGCGUCGUCGGCGCCAUUGUGUGCGCCACGGCCAAAACGAUUCCCGUGCUGGUCGGGGGCAACGUGCUGCUGGGCCUGGCCACGUCGACGCAGCUGUCCUUCCACUUUGUCAUGGGCGAGCUGGUGCCCAUGCGCUACCGCUACGUCGGCAACGCCUUCUUGUACUGCUUCACGUUCCCCGGCUCCGGCGUCGGGCCCUCAAUCGCCUUCGCCUUUGUGCAGCGGCCCGUCGGCUGGCGCGGCGUCUACUGGCUGCUCCUGGCGCUGGAGGGCGCCGCCCUCGUGUGCUGGGUCCUCUUCUACUUCCCGCCCUCCUUCGCCAAGGUCCACGCGGACGCACGCGGUGCACAGGCCACCAAGACCUACUGGAUCAAGCACUUCGACUACGUCGGCACGGUCUUGUUCAGCGGCGGCUUUGUUGUCUUCCUGCUUGGCCUCAGCUGGGGCGGCUCUGUCUAUCCCUGGAACGCCGCCGGCACCAUUGGCCCCAUUGUCGUCGGCGGCGUCACGCUGGUGGUGUUUGUCCUCUGGGAGAUGUACGCGCCGCUGCGCGAGCCCCUGCUCCCGAUGCACCUGUUCCGGAACGUCGAGUGGGUGGCCGCCUGCGUGCUGCUCGGCCUCGGCGCCGGCGUUUACUACGCCUUUGCCAUCAUCUGGCCGGCCCAGGCCGCCGUCAUGUACAACAGCGGCGGCAGUCUCACCUACCUGGGCGGCAUCAGCAACAUUGUCGGCCUCGGCAUCAUCAGCGGCCAGGUCGUCGGCGGCCUGCUCGCCGAGAAAAUCGGCAGGACCCGCUACCAGUGCAUGGUCGUCUUUUCUCUCGGCGCCGUCUUCCUCGCCGCCAUGGCCGCCACCAACCCCGCACGCAAGGGCCUCGCCAUCGCCCUCCUGACCGUUGGCUGCUUCUUCAUCGGCUGGAACGAGACCGUCUGCCUCGCCAACGCCACCAUCUGCGUCCGCAACCAGCGCGAGAUUGGCGUCGCUGGCGGCAUGGCCGGCUCGCUGCGCGCCGCCAUCUGCGCCGUGCUCGUCGCCGUCUACUCCACCGUCCUCGCCAACCGCUUGACCCAGACCGUCUCCAGCGAGGUGCCCCCGGCCGUCGUCGCUGCCGGCCUCCCGCAGUCGUCCGUCGCCGCCUUCUUGGCCGCCCUGGCCGCCGGCACCGCGGACGCGUUCGCUGCCGUCCCCGGCAUCACUGCCGACAUCAUUGCUGCCGGUACGCAAGCCUACAAGGUUGCCAACGCCGACGCCUACCGCACCGUCUACCUCAGCACCAUCGCUUUUAGUGGCGUCGCCCUCGCCAUGACCUGGUUCGCUCCCGACACCGAACAGUACAUGUCCGCCAAGAUCGUCGCCACCCUGCACAACGAGCACGGUGAGAUCGUCGACAAGACGGAGCCGUACGAGGAACAGGUGUAG